CUGAUCAUGUGCUUUUGAAGGAAGAGUGUGUGAUUUUACAGGGAAAACAGGGGCAGAUAUUCAUCUCUUCACACACUGAACACUGUUUUUGGAGCUGAUUAGUUUCUUGUUUUGAGUGUUUUUACGACACAGGUUGCGGAGUCUCAUUUCACAACCGGACAUUAGCAAAACUUCUCGGACAACACCGAAAUCUUUAGCUCUCUCACUUUCUUUCUCAGUGUGUGUUUGUUUUAUUGUUAUUAUUUUGGAAGAGGGUUUAGAGAACCCCCACACCGCUUCAAUCAGAUCAUUGUGAAGCAGGACGGACUGGGCAUGCAGAAACUCAAUCCUUUCAGAUCUUCUCCACAGGAAUCAUCUGUGUGCACUUCCUCCUCCAGGCCUGAGGCGGCAGCGGAGAGCAGCAGAAACACUCCACACACACAGGAUCCUGGAAUAAUCAUGGGAAUGAUUCAAAGACUGAACCCCUUCAGGUCUUCCUCACCGAUCAGGAGCAGUGAUGAGCCGAGGCUCUCUGCAGCACACCAGGAUCACGGUGGGAUGCCAGAUCAUCAUCAUCUGAAGUCCUCGUCUCAGGCGUCUGAUGGAGGAGAAACAACAGAUGAAGCACAAACAUCCAUACAGGAUGAGGACACACAGAUCAGCUCUGAUCUUCAGUCUCCUGAGUCAGAUGCUGGAAUGUGCAGUGAAGUGAGUCCUCUAGAUGAAGAGGAUGAGGAGGGUCUGCUGGCCUGGUGGAGAACAGUGGAGGGUUGGAGUGAAUGGAACGAGUCUAAACAGUUUAAUGAGGAGGACGGAGAACGUGCUAUCGAAGCAGCAGCUAACCGCGUCUUCAUGGCGGCGAAGCUGUUUGUUCACCUGUUCCUCCAGCGGGAGGCAUCGCUGCAGCAGCGGAUCCAGGAUCUGCGGGCGCUAGCGGAUGCAGCAGACUCAUUCCACAAGCGUACGGUGACUGCAAGUGUGGGAGGGGGGGUGGCGAGUGUCGCGGGCAGCAUCACCACCAUAACCGGGCUGGUCCUGGCUCCCUUUACCUUCGGCACCUCCCUGAUCGUAACGGCGGUGGGCAUAGGUGUGGCGACCGCCGGUGGAGUCACAUCCGCCUCAGCCAACAUCACAGACACUGUCCACUCCAACACCAACCGCAAGAAGGUGGAGAAGAUGAUCCAGGACUAUCAGGGGGAAAUACACGACAUCAAAGAGUGCCUGGACUUCUUGCAGGCCGGGAUGGAGACUCUGGAGCAGUGGGACUUCGAGCAGUACGUGAACAGCAUCUCCAGCAGGGCUCUGAACCAAAAUGUGAAGCACGUGUUGAAGGAGGGCGGGAGAGCCGGAAAAGCUCUGCUGGUGAACACAGAGAGCCUGAUAAACACGGUUCAGGUGCUGAGCGUAGCUGGAGGAGCGGCCAAAGCGGCGCAGGUCAUCAGCCUCACCAGCGGGAUCAUGUCCGGACUCUUCCUAGCGCUCGACCUCUUCUUUCUGGCUCGCGGGUCUAUGGAACUACGCAGCGGAGCCAAGACGGAGUUCGCCAAACGCAUCCGAGAGGUGUGCGGAGAGUUGGAGGACGGCCUGACGGAGCUGCGCAGAAUCCAGAGCCAGCUUGAGAAAACCAUGAGUGGAGUGCAGAUCCAGGAGGAGGAUGACGAAGAUGAGCAGUCAGAACUGAACACUGAGGAAUGAACGGUAUCACUUUAGUGCAUCUCAAUCAGAUCUAUUGUUUAGAAGUCAGUGCACUGAUGAGGGAGUCAGACAUUUUAAGGGCUGCAUCAAUUGCAGAAUCUUCUCAGUGAGCUGAAACGUGUCCUGAAGGGCCCACAAUCCACUGUAAAAAUCAGCAUCGAUACACACUAUGCACGCUUAAUGGAAGUUCGGAAGUGCAAAACAUGAAUCAAGUGAACCAUCAUCAAACAUAAAGACAAAUGAGAGACGUUGUCAUGAAAAGACAUUAUUUGUUUAUAUUUAACAUAACAUCACGAUGCUAAAUUUUGGUACCAACAGACACAGGGACACUGGAGCGUUUUAAAGCCACGAAGAUCCGCUGGUCUGUUUAUAAGCUGACAUACGAGUGAUCCGCUAAUGAAUUGACUGAUCUUUAGGGCUUUAAAACACUCCAGUGCACACUCUGUGUCUGUAGUUACACUCAGUAAACAGCGGUGAGUUUAGUGAAUUGAUGAUUGUCACCGCCAAUCACAGUCAUUUCUGUUGAGCACAUGGACACAAUGGCAAAUCAAUGGUGUUUAAGAACGCACUCAACAGCGCUCAAAUGUUAGCGGGAAAUAGACCUUUUUUUCAAGCUCAGUAUCGAUCAGUACCGAAUUCUAGUAUUGACAACACUAAGAUAGACAGGUUGGUCACACUUUAUUUCGAUGGUCCGUUUGUUAAAUUUAAGUUACAUUGCUACUAAUUCUCAUUAGAUUAUAAGUAAACUGUUAGAAUUAGUGUACGUUAACAUGUACUUGCAAAGUUUCUUAUAAUCAGUUUCAAGCAGGGGCGUAGCGGACGGGGGGAUACGUCCCCCUCACUUUUAGAGACAGACCAUUUAGAAACAGGUGAUUAAUAAUUAUAUGAACGUAUGAUCUCAUACAGCCGUCCCCCCCCACUUUUAAAAUGUCUGCUACACCCCUGGUUUCAAGAGUUCACCCUUUGCUGGUGAUUGAUUAUAGAGUGUGUUUGGCAUGCUGUCCCGGGAAAGAGCUCUGAGCUCAUGUGAUCCUCGAGCCCGGGGAUCCUUCCCGUUGUAGGACGAGAGGAAAGCUUGAGCUCAGGUAGGUCUCGAGAACUCCCCUGCUUGUUAUGGCAACAGCAGAUAUACUGCUGAUUAGGUGCUCUUCUAUGGUGUCAUUUUGGUUUGGUCAAUUUACUUAUGUCACAUGUCUUGCCUGUGGGAGGAAACUGGGUAGCCCGGGGGAAACCCACACAAGCACGGGGAGAACGUGUAAACUUCACACAGAAAUGUCAACUUGGCCAGGUAAAGACUUGACCCAGUGACAUUCUUGCUGUGAGGCAACAGUGCGAACCACUGGGCCACCGUGUCGCCCUGUCAAGGGAAACGGGGGAGGAGUAGGGGUGGAAGGGGGGCAUUCUUCAACCCGGAGAUGGCUAAGGUAAGACGCUCUGGUUAUUUAUAGUGAGUUAGGCUUCGUCUGAUUGGUGCAUCAUAAAUUAGCUAAUGCGGGACUGACUGCACUAAAUCAUAAGCAUGAGCUCCUCUCGAAAUUAGUUUAUAAAUAAACUUCAUUAAAUGUCUGUUGAAGGAGCAGUAUCAGCAGAUAUUAAGCAGACAGUCUACUAAUACUCAAAUAGACCGUCAAAAUAAAGUGUUACCGACAGGUUAGCAAACAUUCACACAAAAGUCUAGCAAACAUUUAUAAUUGUUUAAUGGUUGAAAUGAAACAAACAAAUUGUUUAACUAUAUUUAGAGCUCAAAACUGAGGAAUGAACGGGAUCACUUUGAGUGCGUCUCAGUCAGCUCUUUUGUGCAGUAGUCAGUGCAUUGAUCAGGUUGUUUUUGUGCUGCCUCAAUCACAAAAUUCGUACAGUGCACUGAAACAUU